AUGCGGUUCUUUCGCACGCGUGCGCCGGCAGGUUCUUUUCACGGGGUGCAAGAAGCUGGUUAUCAUGGGGCUGGGGAGCUUGCUGGCCCCGCUGUGGUGGCUGUGGUACACGUCUCUGUACGUCUGCUCCCACUCAUGGACGCUGGCAGUGUCUGUAGCCGUAGUCUCGUCUGCCUAUCUCCUCUACCGCCAUCGUUUUGCAGGCUCAUCUUCUUCUGCACGAAUGUCAGCGAUUUACUGUGCCAAUACUCUCUCUGUUGUGUACUACCAGUUCAUCCUCACAACGGCUGGACUCUCCAUUCAGUCAGUCACGGACUCAGAAUUUUCGCCCGUUUCUUCCCGUCCCUAGGAGUAUCGGACACACCCUGUUUCGCUGCUACCGCCAUCAUCACAGUCUCUCCCAAGAAGUUGCUCUCAAUUGUCACUAACGGGAGGGACAUCCCCUGCUGGCUGGAAGGGGUGAGCAUGGCUCCGCAGUACAUCCGGGGUUCCCAUGGCAACCCUCUCUCAGACGGCGACAUCAUCCAGCUGUCGUUCCGUCGACGGCAGAGCUCCGAGACCCGGGGAGACGAGGUUCAAAGGUGGCUGGGUCAGCUGAGACAAUGGGGAACCAAUUUCACUCAGAAAUACGCCGCGUUUCUUGACGGGAUCUUCACCAUUCGAACCCAGUUCAACACCGAGACAAUUGAGAGGGAAUGGAGCUUUGAUGGAGAGGGGUGUGGUCAAGUUUGUUGGGUUGCUAGGCAGCCGUCGCAGUUGCCGUAUCACUGGAGCAUGCUGAUGUUCAGUGCCGCGGUCAAGGAAAAGGGUCAGUCAGUAGCCACUCUCGUGAUGCUCCCGAAAUCUCCCGAUGUUCAACCUUUGACCUCUGACCUAUUGACCUCUCAGCUGGCGGCAUUGAGGGAUUUCUCGUGUCUCCGUCGUGCCAGGGUCUACCCCCAUACCUCCUCCUCCUCCAACACCCACACUUCGGGAUCAGGUCAUGUGACUUCUCGAGGCGGAGAAGGGGCGGGGUUGUCGACUCUACCAAGACCACACCCCACACACAGUGGGCGGAGUCUGGGGAGGGAUUCCCCACCCGCGGUUCCCUCUCAACGACCCACCUCCGGCGGGGAGGACCCCCUCAUUAAGGACCCCCUGAUUCUCGUCCCCGAAUGA